AAAGCUUCCAAUGGAUGGAAUGGGGCAGGUGAUAGUGGCUCUGCUCCUGCUGCUGAUUGCUCCCCAACCAGGACUAUUGAAUAAUGACGACUCAGAUGAGUCACCUGAGGCUGUUGCGAUUGAUAAGGAGAUCGAGGAUGCAAUGGAAAAUAUGCAAGCGCUCUUCGAAUUUGGCAGCGGAAUCAGUGGAAAGGAAUCCAGGCAAAUCUCUAAGGCCUUCGAAAAUCUCAGUAGAUAUAUUCAAGAAAAAACGAAACCCAAACGCAAAUCCAAUUUAGAAGACCCCAAUGAAAAGGUUUUUAACAUCAAACCAGCCGAAAAUGUUAAAAUUCGAUUUGAUUACCAACUACCAAAGGGGAUAAAACAAACGCCUAAAAUUGGCAAGAAAAAGAAGAAGCCGGAAUAUUUCUUAAACUUUUUAUUUAACAACUACCGAAAUCCCCAAAAACUCUUGGAUCACAAUACACUCGUCAGAAAACUGAAAAUGCGACGAACUGGCAGGCGAUUGUUGCCCAAUGGAAUGCCCAAUCCUUAUAAGUACUUUCCGCUUAAAGGCGAAGAUAUGUAGAUACAAUCUACUUUACUAUCUAUAGAUUUGCUUACUAACAAGCAGACCGAAAUGUUUACUCAUUGAUAAUAAAAAUAGCUUUUGAGUGCUUAUUCAUUCAC